UCGGUUGGAUGGUGAUAUAUCUGCCUUUUUUUCCACACUUGCUAUCAAUUCAAUUUGACUUUAGGGCAUAUUUUACCUUUGAUUUUUUGGUACUGUGAUCCCUCUGGCCUCCAGAGGUGAGACUUUCUCCUGGUAGUGACGUUAUUGCGCGCCCACAAAUCAAGGAUAACGGCUAUUGAGGUCGGAAAAAUCGAUAGGAAAGGAUAUUGAAUAGUGGAAAACACGAAAUUCACUGCCUUGAGCCACGAAAAAGUGAGGUGUAGUGGAUAUAGAGUGACAGUUGUAACAUUUUCCCUUGGUCUGGAGUUCCGGAAAGGUGUAACAUUAUUUGGGGUAGGGAAAAAGUGUCGCCUCAAAUUGACGUGCAUUUUUCCCCAUGAUGUGCCACUGAAAAUGUGUGAGAGUGGUUGAGAAGCGAGUAUGAAAUUCAAGUGACGUGGAAUGUAUUUUUACAGUGAUGAAAAUACAUAAGAAUUUAAUUGCAACUGUAUAACAAAGGUGAUUUAUAUGCAAAUCCACAGACACACUUUUUCCAUCCAAUACAGUGGAGGAUUUUCGGACACAGGUGGCUGGCGUUACAGCGACCACGGAGCGUCCUUCAGCUCCACCAGCGCCUUCGCAGGGUCCAUCACCCGUGCAGCUAACAGAUGAACCCCACAUGUCAAUUGCGGCAGCAGAAAAUGCAGGGCUUGGCCCGUGUGAUCUACCUCUGCCGGAUCAGUGGGUCACCCAUUCCCACACCCAAUUAUCGCAUCUUCAGUCACACUCCGUCGCCACGACGUCCGCGGGUGGCGUCAUUCCACUUUCGCUGGCGUCUCCAGCGACAACGGCUGCACUUGCGGGGCUCCAUCACCACGGGGCGCCGCAGCAGCACUCGCCAUUGCAGCAGUCGUCGAAAAUAAUGAACGCCGUGGCGCCGGCGGUGGCGUGCCCGCCAACAAAUGCUGCCACGAAGAAGAUCCGCAGGAAGCAGGAGAAUAAGCCACAGUCGCAGAUCAACAAGUGCAACAAUGAGAAGAGACGCCGUGAGCUUGAGAAUGAGUACAUCGAGCAACUGGGCGAGUUCCUGCAGAUUAACAAGCGCGACAUGACCUCUUGCAAGCCCGACAAGGCGGCCAUUCUGAAUGAAGUGGUUAAGACGUUUCGCACUUUGCUGGAGAAGGGCAGUCGCGAUCUGUCAUCGUCCAGAUGUACCAAAUGUCCGCCUGACUGUGCUGAUUCGUGCACAGUUCAUCCGGUGCAGCAAGGUGAUGUGUCCUCCACAGAACCACCACUGCCGGAACCCUCAGUGAACGGCCAGUCACCAGAGAUAUCGGCAUAUUUUGAGGCCGUGGAGCACUACAUCUCGUCGGCGGGCUGGGUGUUGUUGGAGAUCAAUGCCGAGGGUAUUAUCGAGUGUGUGACGGAGAACAUAAAGGACUUGAUUACGUUUACGCGAGCGGAGCUCAGUCGACAGUCAAUCUAUUCGUACCUGCAUCCGGGAGAUCAUGGGAAGUUAAGUCCCAUUCUUAACAACAUGUCCUUCGCGGUUGGUUGGGGUGGCACAGAGGAGGACUCACAGUCACCACAACAGCAGGCGCAGAGUGCAGCGAGCAAUCAGGCUGGCAAGAAGUCCAUCAAGACACGAAUACGGAUGCUGGUGAAGCAUCCAGAGGCGGCUGGAGAGACUAUUGAGCAGAAGCAACAGCGGAUGGAUAAGUACGAGGAGGUGGUAAUCAUUGCGGCACCCGUGAAGGAUGACGGGGAUGAAUGCUCGUCAGUACUGUGCUUGAUCACGAGGCCAGAGGAUGAUGGGCCACUGGAGAGUGGAUCGACACUGCCUCAGCGCGAUCUCGAGCAAUUGACACUGAAAAUUGAAACAAGUGGGAAGAUUAUAAAUCUCGAUGCAAGCACUCUGCGCGAUACAUUCGCCCAGAAUCUAGCCAAAGAGCCAUUGAGAUCAAUUCAGGAUCUCUGUCACGUGCAGGAUCAGCAUCUGCUGAAAAUGCAUCUCAAGGAGGUCACACAGGGUACCAAUUCUAUGGCGUACUCCUCGGCCUACCGACUUAGGCUAGGUGGCCCGGAUGUCUAUAUCCAUGUGAAGGUAACGUCCAAGAUGUUCCGGAGCACUAUUCACGGCGAGAGUGAUUUCAUCAUGGCUGUGCACACGAUUCUCAUGGAUGGAGAUGCAGAGACGUCGCAGAUAGCGGGUGGACUUAUGGGGUCCGGUGUGGCUGGACUGGCGUCUCACCUUGCUGCUGGUGGAUCUGGCAAUAGUGGAAGCAGUAGCAUGGGUGGACCGCUAAUGACGAGCGUGAUGAAUGGUGGUGUUGGUGGUCUGCAAGCAUCCACGGCACGCUCUACUAGCGUCGUCACGUCCUUCUCCAGUCCACCCGCCUCAGAUUGCAGUAAUUUCUUCGCCACGGAAUCCCUCAUCGACUUCGACAUACCCCAUUCGACUAUCUUGGACAUGGAUGCCGUGGGCGUGGCCUGGGAUACCCGGCCCGACUCCAGGGCCAGCGUGACACCUGUAAGCACUCCUCGGCCACCGUCAGUGUCGGCUUACAGCCCUGUGGCAGCCCCCAUCUGUCCCUCACCGCUGACUUACCAUGCUGGCAAUGCUGGAGGUCAGGUAAGUCCGCAGAACAACAACAACAGCAGCAGCGUGAACAACAACACGAAUGCCAGCUUUAGUGGGAAUUUCGGCAAUUUUGGAGGUAGCUUUGAGGAGAAGGACAAGUGUCAGAUGGAUGGUAUGGCACAGCAGCAAGCGGGUCAGAAUCACGACUCCGAGAGGCUGAGGAACUUGCUUACGACGAAGCGGGGCCAGCCAAUCGGAGCGGCUGGCACGAGUGCCAUGGAGACUGACGCUGCCACGCGCAACACCAAUCGGAUACUGAAGGGUCUCCUCAAUGCUGAGGAGGACAAGGAUGCGGCGAAUCCAGCGUAUGGAAAGAUGAACACAGGUGCUGGGCCGGUAAGGAUGCCGCCCGGCCGGCAGAGACCAGUCCCUGAGAGCAAGAGCAACAACAAUAACAUGCUGCUGCAGCUUCUCAAUGACAAGAGUGAUGAAGAUGAUCCAGAAGCAAGAGGGAAUCGUGUGCCCAGUGAGCUCUUGCGGCAGCUACAGAAGAAAUUGAAUCCGAAGGAGGACACGCCAAAGGAGCACAAUCAUGGCAAUCAGCAGAUCGGGAAUGAGGAAUUGAUCCAGCUGUUGCGGUUCCAAGGCAACGAUUACGGCCGCAAGCGCUCGUCGAAUGAGCCAGAUGAGGGUGGGGCGGCUAAAAGAUCGGAGGAGAAGCCAUCGCUGCUGCGUGAGAAGAACAAGAUGCUGGCAUCACUGCUGGCCAAUCCGUCGAAAGCUCCAACAACGGUUCUCCCUUCGACGGCCAUGCAAGUGAAGAUAAUUCCCGAUAUAACGCCGUCCAGUAUUAAUUCGCGGGUGACAAAUAACCAGCAGCAGCAUCUCACCAACAACAAUACCAUCAUGAGCAACAAUAACACAAGUAGCAACAACCAAAAACAGAUAGUACAACCGUUGAACCAAGUUCGACCGCCUCCGCCAUCAAUUCGCAAGCCUUCCGAUGUCUACCUCAACCAAAUGCCAAGUCAGCAGGAUAUUAGCAAGAAUCAGCAAGUGAUGCAAGCGCCAGUAUCACAUCCACAGGAUUUUCAGGUGGAGUCAGGUUCAUUCGCUACAUCGACUGCCGUAACUCCAUCCCAGCCCCACCAGGAAUGGGAUCCGGAGUUGUCUGAGAUUCUAAAUGAAGUUAUAGACAUUGUACCAGAUACAAACUAUCCCGACAAUGACCUCAACAAUAUCCUAGGCACCGCUAUUAGUACAAUAGACACCUCCUCGGUGACAUCGGCGCCAGUCCAGAGUCAGCAGCAGGAUCUUAACGAAAAGCUCAUGAUAAAUGCCAUUCAGAAGUCUCUGAUGCAGUUUGAGAACAAUACGGUGUUCAACAGCAGUCCACCGGCGUAUCCUGCUAUGCAUUCCGGACCGUCACCCAGUGGCUCUGUUACCACGCAUCAGCAGAGUCAGGGAUUCCCGGCACCACCGCCAAUCUAUUCACAGCGCUCUCAGAGGAUGCCUCAGAUGCUGCCAGCAGGCCAUCAGCAACAGCAGAUUACAGCUGCGAGAUUUCAGCUGAUGCAGCAACAUCGCUUGAUGCAGCAGCAGCAGCAGAAGGAACAGCGCGAGAGGCUGUUGCAGCAGCAGCAGAAGCAACAAAUGGUUGUUCCGGUUAAUGCGACAGCAGGAGCUGAUCAGUUGUGUCUAAAUCCUGGGAUGACCAAUAUAGAAUCCCUAUUGAACAACACUGUGGCGCCUAAUGUGUCGCUUCAGAGAAGUACGAGUGUAGUUUCAGAUGCUCAAUUGAGUCCGGGAUUUUCACAGCCAAUGAUGCAGGCACAGCAGCAGAAUUCUACCCAACGGACACCGUUCAGUCCACAGCCCAAUCAAGGCUACCAGCAGGCGUCCUUUAGUGCCAAUAAUGGACAACGUCUGUCGCCACAGCAGCAACAGCAAUUGGGAGGAUUCUCUGGUGGAUCUGGAGCGAAUGGAACUGCUCAAUUGUCACCGCGACAGCCACCUUUUGGCGGCCAAGGUGCCAUUCAUCAGCAGCAGACGCCACAAACUGUUGCCACAUCUGUCCAGCAGCAACAGCAGCAAUGGAGUCAGCAACAGCAGCAACAGGCCAAUGUGAGGUUGUCACUGCAGCAACAGCAGAAUCCCAUGCUCAAUGCUCAACUCACGAAUGUUGUUGGCUACAACUCGCGUCAGUUUCAAACGCAAAGGCAGCGAUCUCUGAACUCACCAGGCACACCAGUGAGUCGCCAGAACUCCUUCCCUGGCCCUGAGGGCUUCCCUGGGCCGCCGAGUCCCACGCAGACACCCUAUGGAGCGUCAACGGGUGGAAAUGUAGUGCCUGGCCAAGCGGGUGUGUUCAAUCAACAACAGCUGAGGAUGCAGAGGCAGGCCAGUGUACCCCAAGCCACACAGCAUUUACCAGGAUCCCCGAGGUCUUUUGGCGCUCCCGAUGCCACGGGAUAUGGAAUGAUUUACAACAAUAUGCAACAUGCACAAGGCUCAGGGGGCGAUUUUUAUGGCCGCCCACAGUCCGGAGCCAACAAUAACGGGGCGCGUGAGUUCCUGCGUGCUCACGUGCAGAACCGGCAAACGGGCCAGGUGAGGACGCCGCAGAGUCCGCACAGUGGCAUGGGCCAGAGUCCGCUUGUGGGCAAUCCGGCCAGCAGCGGGAAUCCCGGCGGAGGCAGCGGAGGAGGCAGUGGAGUCGUUCAGUCGCAGCAAAUGAGCACGGCGCCUCUUCUCAACACUCCCCCCGACCAGACGAUGGGAUUCAGCUUUGACAUGUCGCAAUCGGAUUUCUUCGGAGGUAGUGUCACUCGGUGACCCUAAGAAUUCGUGUUUGCUACUCCAGAAACUCCUAUCGGAUUGAGCGUGGCCUGGUCGUGAGGAAAGAAACGAAUUUGAUGGCUAGGGUGUGAGAAAUUGUAAGUACACUAGAAGGUAGAAACUUUACAGUGAAAAUGGGUGGGAAACUAUUGACAAGAAUUGUGAUGCUUUACUGAUGAGAUGGUUUGAAAACUGUUGAAAGAGGAACAGAAGAUAUUUUCAGGAGAUGUAAAUAUAUUUUAAAAAUUAUAAAUUGUUGACUACUAAACCACAAAAAAAGCGAGGAGAGAGAGAGAGAGAGCGAAAAAUGAUGGAAGAAAAGUAUAUAUAAUAUAUAUUUAAAUGCAAGAUAAAAUGAAAGAAAAAAUGAACAAGUUUGAGGAUGAGAGAGUGAUAAAAAACGUGUUUUCUACACAAAAAGUUGGUGAGUUGGUAAAGAGAAGAAUAAAAUACCUCUAUUUUAGUUCAAAAGUUUGUGAAAUAAUAAAAUUCACACGAAAGGAUGCGGAGAGAUAAGAAAAAUGGUUUACUAACAAUAACAAAAGAAAAAAAAAUACAGAGACUCAUGAAGAAAUACGAAAGAGGAGAUGUGAAAUGGAGAAGGUGUUAAGAAAUACAACACUGACUUAAAAAAAAAGAAUAUUUUUCUGAUACCGCAAAACAACAAAUAUAAGUUAAUUUUAGGGUACUAAAUAAAUAAUGAAAAUGUGUAUCUUUUAAAAGAUGUGAAAUGAAGUAACAUAGUGGAUAUAUAACUUUUUUAAUUGCAAAAGAAGCAUAGUGAGUUGAAGAAGAUGGAGCGAAGAGGGAAUGUAAAUAGAGAGAAGAUGUCUAAGAGGAGGAAUAAUAUAUAAUUAUUUGUGAUAUUUGUGAUUUACUAUUAAUUUACGAGAGUAAAAAUAAUUGAAAUACAUAAUUGAUAGAGGAAAAUACACAAAAAGCCCACAAAAAAAUUAUUGAAACAUUUUAUUAAUAUAAUUUGUUACGAGGGAGUAAUUGAAUAUGAUAGAGUUAAAAAACAUACAUUAAUAAUGUGAGAAUAAAAAUAUGUUAAUGACUUAAAAAAAAAAACAAGUGGAAGAACGAGAGAAAUAUUAAUUAUUGAUGAAACCUUAGUUUACCACAUCUCCAAAUCAUUUUUUUUUAAUGAAAACAACACAAAACAAAUCUUUUUCUUUUAUUGAACGAUUGAGGGAAAAUCGCGUGAAAAUAAUACAGUUGUGUACAAAAUUACAGCAACACUACAGUUAAAACAAGGAGAAAACAAAUUUAUAUUUAGAAGAAAGUCUAUAUAUUGCUACUGUAAUAUUUAGGAACAAGCGUUGAAAAGAGAUGAACUCACAAUAAAUAUAUUUCAAAAAGGAAACACUUGAGGUGAAAGGAAAAUUUUUGCAAAAUUUUUAAAGUCAUCGCGCAUUUCUUACAAAAUCUGUACUGUUUAAAUAAAAUCAUGUCUCUUGUACAUAAGAAGCGACUUCGGACAGUGUUUUUCUUUUGGAUUUCUCAUUAAGGAUAAAAUUAAAUUAAAAAAAAACAAUUUUAUUUUAUCUCAACUUUUUAAAUCUAAUGAUAAUAUUGUGGAAAAUUUGCAAAAACGGUUUCGCAAUGAUCACACAAAAUUCUUUCUAUUGCUACAAUUUUAAGGAGAGAAAGAAAAAGUGGAAGAUGUGAAUAAAAAACUAUUAAGAGAUGAAGAAAAACAUUUAAGAAUAGUGGACAAAAACUUCAGAUAUUUUUAGCAUAUUAGAUGAAUAGAAAUGUUUAAAGAAGAGAUUAAAGAAAAAGGUAGAUAAAAUGGAAAAGACUGUCUGUGCCCGAUAACACACAAAAUUUAAAGAAAAAAAAAGAA